UGAUAAUAAUUAGGGAAAUAUCAAAAGGUGCAAGCGAAAAAUCAAUGGAACUAUUUUUUGUCUAUCUAAUUAUGUAAUUACCGGGAGAUCUAUUGUUGUUUACUUGAAGUUUUACAUAAUUGUCGAAGAUGAUGUCAAGUCGAACUGAGCAAUUAAAGAGUACAAGAUCUUACAUCUGGUACACGGGGCAUGUACUGGGCACAGGGGCAACUUCCAAUGUAUAUAUUGGUAGACAUAAGAAAACUGGUGAACAAGUAGCUGUAAAAACAUUCAAUAAUGCAUCAUUUUCACGACCACACGAAGUCCAAGUACGGGAGCUGGAUGUAAUUAAAAAAUUGAAGCACAAGAAUAUUGUGGACUUGUUUGCGAUUGAAGAUGACCAGAUCACCAAGCAACCUGUUAUCAUUAUGGAACUGUGUAUGGGAGGUUCCCUCUACAGCAUACUGGAGGAACCACAGAAUAUCUUCGGACUGAAAGAGGAAGAGUUCCUGAUAGUUUUGAGAGACGUCACCUCUGGAAUGAAGUACUUGCGGGAAACUAAUAUUGUCCACCGGGAUCUAAAGCCAGGAAAUAUUAUGAGAGUUAUUGCCGAAGACAACACAUCAGUAUACAAGUUGGCAGAUUUUGGUGCAGCUAGAGAACUUCAGGAAGGAGGAGAGUUCAUGUCACUAUAUGGAACAGAAGAAUACUUGCAUCCAGACUUGUACCAGAGGGCAGUACUAAAAGUGGCAAAUCGAGGCAGUUACUCUGCUAAGAUUGAUCUUUGGUCAGUUGGAGUGACAUUCUACCACGUUGCAACUGGACAAUUACCAUUCAGGCCUUAUGGUGGCCGAAAAAAUAGAGAAACAAUGAUUUACUUGACUACAAGGAAACCGAAUGGCGUGAUCAGCGGUGUCCAGCAUGAAUCACCAAACGGAAAGAUUGAAUGGUCCAGCCAACUCCCUGAAACAUGUCAUUUACCCAGACCUCUUAAGAGGCAAGUCCGACAGCUGCUUGCUGGGUUGCUGGAAUGUGAACUGGAUAGAAUGUUGUCGUUCAAUGAUUACUUCCACAUGGUCCAGGAAAUUCUUAAUCUUCAGAAGGUACAUGUGUUCAAUGCGGUCACUGCGCAAACAGUCAACAUCUACAUUCAUCCAGGGAGUGGAUGGGACAAGUUUACGAAAAGUGUUGAGGAGGAGACGCACAUUUCAACAGAACAGCAACUUUUGUGUUUCAAAGAUCAGAUCCUGGAUGUGAAUACGUUCUCUAUGGAUAACAGGAACUAUCCAGAGACCACGGCUGAGAAUCCAAUUAUCUUGCUCAGAAAGGACCUGAAGAAGUUUCCGUCACCUAUUCCACCUGCAAAACCAAAACUUCCCAAGAUCGCGACACCAUACAGCCUUGAAAAUGAUGCUCCUCUUGCAAAGGUUUGUUGCGGUUCAAUGUAUUAUUACUUGAUGAUUGUUCAGAGCCUCCUUUUGAUGCAAGACCAGAUGGGCUUGGCUGUAAGGUGCUUCUGUGGGAUCUUGCGAAAUAAAAUCAAAGAAAGCCAGGUCAACCUUGAAACACUUAAGACUCACAAAGUAUAUAUUGAAGAAAAUUUACAGUGGCUAAUGUCAAAGUUGGAUAUUGAUCUCCUUCAAAUUAUUCCUGAUGAUUUGAAAGAUGGAAUCAAUGAAGAGUUGGAGAUGAGAGCCAACUUACAAAAGGAGCAACUGAUGCUAAUGCGGCAAGAAUAUUCUCAACAGAUAUUGGUUAAUUCAGUGCAUCCACUCUUUGAUGAAUUUGAUAAACUGAACAGAAAAAUCAUUUAUCAAAAUGUUUUGGAAGUGUCAUAUGAUGACAAGCAGAAGUGUCAGCCACAUGAACAUUGUUAUAAUCGAUUUGAAGUGCUCGUCAAAGGUACAAAAACAAUUUCAGAUCAAUUUAGGGAUGAUAAACGUGCCAAGCGUCUCGCUUACAAUGAGGAACAGAUACAUAAAAUGGACAAGCAGAAAUUGAGUGUGCAGUGCACGCAGGGAAUGAGCUUACUCAAUGAUCAUUGUGAAUUAAAGUGGAGAGAGCAACACAACAGACUCGGCAGCUGGUGGACGAGAGCCUUCUUUGAGUACCAAUCAAUCAUGAUCUUACUGCAGAAUACUGAAAACACAAUUAAAAUAUUUUUUGCUUUCAGAGAGCGUCUUGAUAAGCUCAAACGCCAGCAUGAUAAAAUAAGUACUGAUGUCAAACAAGUGCUGAGGAGAGCUUUUCAGAAGAAGGAUGCCCUUUAUUUAAAAGGCAAGGAGCCUGGUCAAGCCAGGUCAAUCAUGAGCCCGACUUUCACCCAAACCAGUCAGGAAAGAAUCAAAAGGAAAAAAUAUGCGCUUGUUACUAAAGACCAGUUUAUUGAAUUGAAUAGGUGUCAGGAAGAUAUGAGAAUGAUGACGGAUGAUGUCGAGAAGGGUUUUACUUACCUGAGGGGUAUAACUGAAGAGAUAAAGUAAUAAUCAUCCGGGAAGGUUGUGCUAACACUACCCUACCCUCUGGGCACUCACCAGGGAAGACUGAAAGGCCUUCCCAUCAACAAUGAUGGCAUAAGCAGAUGAAGCUGUUAUUGAUUAUGAUGGCAUAAGCAGAGAUUAGUCUCAUGUGAGAAGUUGUAAAUGUUGAGACUGUAAGUUUUUUUUGAAGAAAAGUUUGUUGUGUUGAAUUUAUUUGAUGUUUGGUUUAUUGUAGUUUUCCUGUCAAUGAAAUAUCAUAGAAUUA